UGGCGGAUGAAUUUACAACGUAAAAAGAAAAUAGCCGUGUUUUCCAGCUUUAUCUUGCUGUAUUUGAAUUAAAAGGAAAUUUUGACAGCUUUUGGUGGAUCUCAACCCAAUAAAUUUGAUUUAUAUUGAUAUCUAUUGUCUGUCUUAUGGCUCAAUAAGAGAUAUGAAAUAGAUAUGAAAUAGAUCAAUAAAGCACUGAAAGGAGUGAAAGCAGGCUUCAACGAAGUGCUAUAACACAUGUAUUAGCAUCGCAAGUGAUAUACUGUAUGAUGUGAUAUGAUUAUGGUAUUAGUAGAUAAUAUAUCUGCUAAUAAAUGGAGUGUUAUAUGGUACAAUAUACGACUAGUAUCAUACGACCAGGAAAUUAAUUAAAAUUACUAGUGUUUUAAGAAACUUUAUUUGCGUUUACUUAGUAAAUCUUAAAUAUGGCUGUCGGCUAUGCACUUCACUUUAAACAGUAGCACAACUAAAUCAUUAUUUUGGAAUUAUCAAAAUGGCUGAACUAGUGAUGGACCCAAACAAUGUUUAUAUUGAGAAUGUAAACGAGGAAUUACUAAGAGAUUCUCUGGAGAGCAGUGUUGAAAGAUGUAAUAACGUGAGUAUUUCUACAAUGAGAACAAAUGAGACAGAUUCACAUAAAACCAGUAAGGAACAUAGCUAUGUAUCAUCACACAAUGACCUUGCCAAGGUCCACAGUGCUGUUGACAAAGAGCCAAAGACUGGUACAAAGAAGCAUGUUAUGAAGCGAAAGCCAAAGAACAUGAUUGAAUUGAACAAGAUGAAUAUUAUUAAGAAAGGUCAAGCAGUAAGUAGCUACAGUAAAAUGCACCAGAAAAAGCUUGGCCGGAUAGCACCAAUAGAAAAGAAUGGGAACAGUCAACCUGAGACAAGUGGUCCCAAUAAUGCAGCUAUCGAGUUUCAUAAACAACUGGUGUUGGAUGGAAUCUUGACUGAUAAGGAUGAAUUCAAUAAUUUUGGAAGCUAUGAAAACAAUAUGGCAUUAAGUGGUUUACAUACAUUAAUUGAAAGAGAUGAAUAUAGUUUGGAAUCAACUCGAUCUAACGAAACUAACAUGUCACACUUUGGAAAAGGGUAUUUUGUGGAAGCUGAGCCAAGUAUGCCUGACAAUGGUUAUAAAUUUGAAUUUGUGGAUUCAAGGAAAACUAAUUUGGCUUUUAGCUCACCUGAGGAUGGAAAAAUUAGCCAUGAACAUCAAUUACCACCAGUUCGUACUUUUGCUACAUCAGUACAGUCAGCCCCAGCAGAUAUCCAGUACUCGGAUCUAUCUUAUGAAAAAUCAUUCAGGUCAAGCUCACUUCAUGCGUUAUUGAAACCUGGUGAAAGUUAUGCUGGCCUUAACAAUUCUAUGACUUCUCUAGCUAGUACAAAGUCUAUUGCAGAGCAUGGGGAUUCUAUGACAUACAGCGGUAUAUAUGCAAAUGGUAAACAGAAUUCAAGAAAUAAUUAUAAGCCAUACACACUUGGUGAUUACAAAAGAUUAAAGAAGCAAAGUAAGCCUGGAGGUCUUGGUCCAGACAUAAAAUCUGAAGAACACCAACAAAAGGUACAGUAUUUUGAACAAUUGCAUGAACCUAUACCAGGUGCAAUAUUGACCAUGAGCGGUCUACUGCUCUCCCCUUGAUGAGUAAAAUCUCUGGUGUACGACAGAGUAAAAUAAUACCUUCAAGUUCAAUGGGAUGCAUUUAGGGGUGCACCGGAUUUGGAAUUUUCAAAUCCGGCCGGAACCGGAUUUACCGGAUUUGGACAAAAAUUCCGGCCGGAAUUCCGGCCGGAUUUGAGAUAAAACCGGUAAUGGGGAUAAUUGGGGAUAAAUUGGGAUAAUUCAGUAUUCAAAAUGGCGGUUUAUGUUUUUUACUAUUUUUAGUUAGUGUCAGUUUAGAUUUUUGAUUGUGUUUAAACCUUUUUUAAAUAUCUUUUUGUUAAUAACUUAAUAUUUUAUAAUAAUAUAAGGGUUUUUUAAACUUUAAAGCUGCCAAAUUGAUGGUUUAUCCCAUUCUUGGUGAAUUUUUUAAGCUGAAAACAAAAAUUUAAAUCCGGCCGGAUUUUCUCCAAAUCCGGCCGGAAGCCGGAAAAUUCGUUAAAUCCGGCCGGAAUUCCGGCCGGAUUUGAAAUCCGGUGCACCCCUAGAUGCAUUGCGACGUAAUGGGUUAACUAGACACACGGGCAGACAGUCUGAUUAACCCAUUGAGCGGCAGACUAAAAUUCACUCAAAAGUGCCUCAGUCUAAUUUUUGGCCUACAAAACUGAUUUUGUAGGUUAAGUUGCACCCUAAUUAUACAGGGAUGCAUACAAAUGCAAACAAACACUUCAGCUAGAGUCUGCUUCAGAAUUAGAUUUAGAUUUUUAUAGAGAGUGGCUCCCCCUGAUGGAGUGACAGCACUUUUUUGAGAGAAAUUAUAAGCUAAGGUUCUUAAACAGUUCUUUAACUGUACAUUAAUUGUGCUUUCAGUUGACAGGAUGUUAACUAUUUAGCUGAAAAGAUAAAUAAAAUAAAAUAUUUUCUUUUUUAAUUUAUGAGCUGGUAAGUAACUAUUCACAUUAGCCACAUGCAAUUUCUUCCAAAUCUAUUGUAAAAAAAAUAAAUUGAGAAAAGGGUUGAUUUACUCACUUAAAGCCCAAGUCACACUUGGCAAUUUAAUGUGUUUUAUAUGCCAUGAAUUCAGCAUAAUGCUGUAAAUGUACCUUUUCAGCUAUAAUAAUUAAUGUGUUAACUAUUAAGGACUUGAUUAACCAAUGGCAAUGAGCACUGAGCUACAAGACUUUUAGUUGAUACCGGUAGCAAUGACUGAAUGCAUUGCACUGAUUGGCCAUUAUAUAAACAGGAAGAUAGUGGAAGAAGAAAAAUAGUGGCUCUGUGGCUUCUGCCUCGCUCCUGUGUGGUGUUUUCAAUCCACUCCGGCGUAGUGUGAACGUAGUCUUAGAGUUUAGUUCUUACUGUUAAUAACAGUUGAAAUAUUAUUUUUUUAUUAAAUGCGUCAUACGGUGGAAUAACAUGAAUACGGGUUAUCCUUACUAUGCAAACGACAGUCAGUUAAUUUAUCUCAUGUUAUGCCUGAAGUGAUGAUGACAUUAUCUUCUAUUGUUACACAUCUAGGCUAAAAAAGCUAUCAGACAAAAAGCGUAUUCGGUAGCUGUAAAGCAAAGGAACACCUCUGAAACCUGUCAUUCUAGCAAGAAAAAACGCACGGCAACCACCAAAGAAGUUUCUGUUCAAAAACAAGAAGCAAAUGCUCGAAGAGAGAAGGUGGGUAAAUACGUUUAUCAGGGCCGCCCAGGGGGGGGGGGGCAACGGGGCGAUUUGCCUCGGGCUGGCGGGGCUAGUUAAAGGGGGCCCCAAAAUUUGCAAAAGGGGGGCCUCAAAAGGUGUAAUUAAAAAAAAUAUUUGUUUAUAUUAUGAGUAGAAAUGUUUAUAUUAUGAGUAGUAUGAGAGAAAUCCUUAGUUUAGACUUUAAUGUUACUGGUAUUGGUCUGAAAAAAUGUGUUUUAGCCGUGAAUUUACAGGUAAAUUCCUGUCCAGACAUUUUUUUUAACUUUAAUUUUACUGCUGUUUGUACGGAAAAAUUUUAAAAAAUAUAUAUUUUUUGGAUAUAGGGGCCCCGAAUUAAAAUUUUGCCCCGGGUCCCCGAAAUUCUCUGUGCGGCCCUGACGUUUAUUACUGGCCAUUUGCUAGCACGUUUGGCCGAUAGACAAUUUGUCGCCAGGACGUUAGUUGAUAAGUGCAUGUGACCGACAGUAUACACUGUACGUACCAGAAAACGUUCAAGAAAAUCAAUAUUACUUAAAUUCCAGAACUUCAGUAACUUUUAAAAAAAUAACGAUAUUGUCUAUCGCCAUACAGUACCAUGCAGAGAUGGAAAAAGUAUUGAAACCUGGGAACCUACUAGUUCCCAGGUUAACCCCCCAAAUUUUUUAGAAUUAACAUAUUCGGAAAAUCGGGUUGGCCAUUCGGAAAAUUACGGCAAUAGUAGUAUAACGAAAUUUUAGUUGUUAAACAGAGAAAACAUAGAAUUGUAUUGUCAGUAUAAACUGAUUUACGAAAUCAUGAUAUUUACAUGGAUAACAAUUUACAAAUCGUCAAUCAGUAAAUGUUUUUCGGUUUAUUACAGUACUUCUGUAUUAUGUCUAUGCGUAAAAUGUCCAUCUAAUAAAAACGGCUUUAAUAUUUAUAAUUUAUUGCGUCUUCAUUUUCCGGAUAGCAAACACCUUCGUUGCUUCGUAUGCCAUGAAAGAUUCGGAAAUUUUUACCCGACACCCCCAACUAUACAUGCUAGUUACGGCCCUGCAUACCUGUUAUAUACAUUUAUGUUAUAAUUACAUAUUCCUUGCACUGAAAACACUCAACUUUCAAGAAAAACGUGCUAAAAGUGUCAAUAUUUCAUGCAAAAAAAGUUGUUUUCAUAUACCGUAUAUUAAUAAAAAACAUACUGUAUGUCAGCAGAGAUGACAUAUUCCUCGCGGAAGCAUCGCCAAUAGCCGACCGUAGAAAAUAGUAGAAAAUUACAUUAUGCGUACUAUAAUAACAAAAUAUGGAUAACUAUGUGUGACCUUUCUAAGGAUGGUGGUGGGGUGGGGUGAGGGGUCUCCAGAGAAACGUCCAUAUGACGUUUCUCAUGAACAAAAUCGAUAUGUGAGGCUUCCCUUAUUAUAUCAGUCUUAAAGACAUAUUGCUUCACACAACAACACAUCUUAAUGAAUAUAAUCCAUGUAAGGUGUUAUUUUUCUUUAUAUAUUGUAAUUGUUUGUAGAACAUUUUGAGCUCUGAACCCAGGUUCCCAGAAAGAAAAAAUUCCACCUCUGCGCCAUACGUACGUUACCUACGUAAUUGUCAAGUAAAUAACAUAAAAAAACAGGUUCUAGACUAUACACGGCAAGGCGGGAUUUUGGUGGAAAUAUUGGGGGAGGUGGAAAAAAUUAGGGGACGUUCUGGUUAGGGGAGGUUCUUAGGGCCUAGAAAAAAUUAGGGGAGGUUCUUAGGGCUUAGAACGGGUCAAAGUCACAUAGUGUACAUAUUUAUCAGUGUAUAAUGAAUUAUGACUGUACAACUCAUCCAAUUUUCGCCUUCAUUGCAAUUACUACAAAGUUUCUUUGAAAACAGUGCAUUAAAAAGGUACUUGACACAGAGAUGGAUGGCUAUCACUGUUUCAAUUUUACAGAAAAACUUUCUUACGAAGUGUAGACCCUAUAAGCAACUAAAAAAUGUCAAAUUUUCACUUUGAUCUAUCAUUGAAAGUUUUGAAACAUUCCCAAGGGGAGGUGCACGACUUUUCAGGGGAGGUGCAAAAAUUCUCAGGGGAGGUGCAAAACGAUCUCAGGGGAGGUGCAAAACGAUCUCAGGGGAGGUGCAAAACGAUCUCAGGGGAGGUGCGCACCUCCACACACCUCCCCUUAAAUCUGGCCAUGAUACAGGGUGCAGGUGUAUAAAAAGUUAAUCCAACAUUGACAUGUCGUGAUAUCGUGCGUUAAGCCCCGUUUACACGAGCAAAUUUUAUUUGAUAAAUUUCAUAUGUCAAAGAUAUUUUGCUCGUGUGGAUGAUGCAUUUGUGACAAAUUUAUUGUGACAAAUGCAUUUGAACAAAAGCUAGCAUGCUAGCUUUUGAUCAAAUGCAUUUGUCAUAUGAAAUUUGUCAAAUAAAAUUUGCUCGUGUAAACGGGGCUUUAGGCAAUCGAGUGCCAAUAUAUACCAAAUGUCAAAGAAAACAAAAAACCCAGCACACCUGGCAGGCAAUUAACGCAAGCCGGAAAAUCAAUGAUGGCUAUAAAAUAUAUCGUAAACCUCCGAAUAUACGCCCUGGGCUUAUAUUCGUUCGUAGACUUAUAGAUGGCGGGGGAGAGGGCUUAUAUAUACGGACGACAUUUGGUGUUAGUAAUGUUUAUUGUACUGCUAAACUAUAUGGUGAUUAAAAAGAAAUACCAACAUACAGUACUGAUAACACAUAAUAAAACAAGUGGGUUAACAUAUUAUAAUAUUGUAAUGUAAUUGUCGUCACUCGUCUGAGCAGGUUGUCCAAUUAUUAGUCCAUGGGCUUGUACACAGGGGGGGGGCUUAUAUUCGGGUGGGCUUAUAUUCGGUCACGUCAGGUUUACGAAUUACGGUAUAAUAAUAAUUUUUAAUGAUGAUGAUACACGAUUAUUCGUUUUUAAGGCAUUGGAAUAUGCGAAAACAAUACCAAAACCCAUAACAUCAAAAAACCAAAAUGUGUGGAAAGUGCCGUCUAAAGCUGAAGAGGAACCGCAGACAUUGCUGGCUAUUUUACAACAACGACAUGAGAACGAGAAAAAAGCGGUGGAUGACAUGAGGAAGGAUUUGCAAGCCAAGCUCACAACAAGAUAACGACGACUAUUGUUCUAAUAUAUCUUCGGGUUGGAGUAGCUUGGUAAUCAGUAAAAGUUGUCAGAAAAGAUAUUUUUUGAAAUUGUUGUCAAUGAGUGACUUUGAGGGACAAGGAACCGUGCAACCUAUACCAAAGUCUAUAUCCCUAUGAUUCCUAGUGUCCCAGCCUUGAUAUUAAAGGUAGAUGGUAGGGCGAUGAAAUUAGAUAAGACAUGCGCGUCUUCCCAAGCAGGCCUCGAAUUUCCCUGAAAUCAAUCGACGGCAAUGGCGUUAAAUAUUGCCGUAGAACGUAACAGCUGUCUACGGCAAUUUUGACAGUUUCCACAGCAUUUUUCAAAUUACUGUAAUAAAACUUUAAUUUUGUUGUUACUUUGGAUUUUUGACAAGCUAGAAACAUGUCUACGUAUAUUUCUUUAAUGAUUUUUUUUUUGAAGAAAACUGAGACUAAAAUAGUGAUUUAUACGCAUGAUUUGAUCAACUUCUGAAUUCAAGUAUCAAAAUAGUAAAGCAGAGUGAAUAGUAUAAAAAUUGCACUAUACGGCAAAAAAUUACCGUCGUUAACUGCCGCAAUGAUCCACGGCUUUUUGUUCUCCCUCUACGGCAAUUGCCGCGAUUGCCGCGAUAAAAUUCGAGCCCUGCGAACCAAGGUCUGCCGGCGCACAUGCAAGUGAAUGAUGACUUCACGUGGAAAUUCAGUUUAGUCUGCUGACGUCGUACAUUUGCAUUACAUUUUCAACGAAUCAUUCGUGUAUAAACAGACAUUUCUCUGAAUCUGAUAAACACCUCAAACAAACACGCCCGAAAAACAGCUCUCCCUUUUGCAGAUAUAAUAGGGACCUUUAUAGCAUGUAUGACAGCAACGCGACGACGACGGGCAAUUCAAAUAACGUUAAGGAGAACUUGUCGUGUAUAUUAUCCGUUGUAUGAAAUGAAAUCAAUGCAGUUUUAGGAGAUUAAGACACUUUUGGAAGCUUGAAACGCAAGCGUUUGUAUAUAUUAUAUAAGACGUGUACAAGUAACAAUCUUUGUUUUGCUGUUGCAUAAACAUUCCUAUAGGACUAAUUAUUCAGUUCUUUCCUACACUAUCAUAAAUUUCAGUGUAUCUAUGCCGUCGUCGCCCAUUCUCAUACCCAGAGCCCUCACGAGCCGUCCACGAAACGCGACGAGGGGCUCUGGCGAAAAGCAUAUCAUUGACAUUGUGACAUCUGAAUCGCUAGAACGAACGCAAUUGUUCUAAUUUGACGGCGCGUAGUGAAGGCUGGGGGUACGAGAAUGCUAAAGGUCCUUAUUUUCAUGACGAACCGCGGCAACAAUUUUUUCCAUAGACGUAUUUAACGACAGGAAAAGUAAGAAUCAAAGUAAUAAUCAUCCGAGUCGUCACAGAAAUUUAUUAAUGUCAAAUAAGUUAAUGAUAUACAUACUGUAUAGCUGUAUUUACGCACUGUAUAAUAAAAUGUUGGACUAUCUAGAAAUAUCACGGCAAUAGUAAUCACAAUAGUUUGUAACAUGCAAGGUAUCCAGUUUAGGCCGCGAGCUUCAAUGCUAGUUUUGACGUAAACUUUCAUCAUCAUUUGGAAACUACCACGAUCAAUGUUGCCGUGGAUCUAAACGAAACAAACUUCGUUAAACAC